AUGAGAGUAGCAGCAGCUCACAAUCUACCGCGCACGGGAUUCGCCCCUCUCAUAGCGUCCCUACAAACACCCGGGGAAAUACAACUCCCAAAUGGCACCGUCGUGGCUGUCGGCGUAGGCGAGCCAGUCUAUCGAGUGAUUUUCCGCACGGAAAAAGCCCUGCGCACGCCAAUGACCGAGAUGGGCAUUGGGUGCGCCUAUCUAGCUGGCGACAUCGAGGUAGAGGGCGAUCUGGGUGCUCUUUUCAAUGCGCGCCAAAGCGUGCAGGAAAAGGUACCCCUGCGACAAAAAGUCCAGUUCAUAUAUGACUUUGUCCGGACGUCAACCAAGAUGAACGCCAAGGCGAUUGGCGAUCAUUAUAGCUUUGGUGAUGCGUUCUAUCUCACGUUCCUGGACAAACGCUUUCGGUUUUACACACAUGGGUUAUUUAAAGGACCCGAUGAUACGCUGGAAGAUGCAUCCGAGCAUAAAAUGGAGACUGUCUUUGCUGCCCUCGACCUCAAACCUGGAAUGAGGAUCCUUGAUAUCGGUGGUGGCUGGGGUGGCGUGACGCAGUAUUGUGGUGCGCGAGGCGUGCAUGUCACCACCUUGACGAUCGCACCAGACGGUGCUCGUUAUGUGCAGCGCAUUAUAGAGGAGAAUAAUCUCCCUGGCCGGGUGUUCUUGCAAGACUUUCUCGAGCAUAAACCAGAGGAGCGGUAUGACCAUGUUGUCAUACUGGGAGUCAUUGAACACAUCCCCAACUAUCGCCGCUUCGCACGCACAAUGUGGGAUGUGCUGAAGCCUGGUGGCCGUGUCUAUCUUGAUGGCUCGGCGGCGGUGCAAAAAUUCGCCGUUAGCGCCUUCACGAGAGACUAUAUCUGGCCCGGCACACAUACGUUCAUGACACUGCAAGAUGUCCUUGCGGAGUUCCUGUAUCAUGGCUUCUCGGUGCUGGAUGUAGCCAAUGAGACUUGGGACUAUGAGCUCACGAUGUUGGAAUGGGCGAAACGGCUGGAUUCGGCGAAGGACGAGCUCAUCGCUGGCUGGGGAGAACGGACUUAUCGUGUCUUCCGCUUGUUCCUCUGGGGUGGCACACAUGCGUUCAAGACCAACUCCUUGCAGGCUUACCAUGUAGUCGUGGAACGGACAUCGUCGCCUGGUCCCCGACCUUCCGUCUAUCGUCGUUGUCGGCAGUUCCUAGGCAACUUGCGGUGA